AUGAGCUCCUUUGAUCCACAGACGCACUCUCCACCGCGCUGCAGCCCACAAUUUCCAAAUAUCGGUCAAGAACCUCCGGAGAUGAGUAUCUAUUAUGAGAACUUUUUCCACCCGCAGAACAUCCCUAGUCCACAGCGACCGAGCACCUUUGAGACAACGGAUUACAACGCUACUCCCAACCCUUACCUCUGGCUCAAUGGACCUUCCAUCACUCAGCCCCCGUACCUGCCAGGAUCCAAUGCCAGCCCCUUCAUUCCUCAGUCGUACGGGAUGCAAAGGCAGCUCCUGCCUAACGUGCACGGCUUGGGAGGAACUGACCUUGGCUGGCUUCCCCUUCCAUCCCAAGAAGAGCUUAUGAAGUUGGUUAGACCACCUUACUCCUACUCUGCACUGAUUGCCAUGGCUAUCCAUGGAGCGCCCGACAAGCGGCUGACCCUCAGCCAGAUCUACCAGUACGUGGCUGACAACUUCCCCUUCUAUAACAAAAGCAAGGCGGGCUGGCAGAACUCCAUACGGCACAACUUGUCUCUCAACGACUGCUUCAAGAAGGUGCCUCGAGAUGAAGAUGAUCCAGGAAAAGGGAAUUACUGGACCUUGGACCCGAACUGUGAAAAGAUGUUUGACAAUGGAAACUUUCGCAGGAAGAGGAAAAGGAAGUCUGACCUUGGGGCUAGUGCUGCCACUCUUGUGUCUGAGAAAUCAGAGGAUAGUGCCCUGACUGGCAGUGCCAAAGAUGUAGAGCAUCAGGAUAUCUUGGAAAACUCAUCACCUGGGACUGACAACUCACCUGAGAAAGGAUCUCCACCUCCAUCUUCCAGUAGCCCAUGCCUCAGUAACUUCCUCUCCAGUAUGACUGCGUAUGUUAAUGGCUCUAACUCAGGGAGCCGCUCAGUGCCUUUGGGACUCAACUCUGAACCCAUUGACAAAAUGGGACAGAACAUGGUAGGCUUUAAUUCCUACUCUCCGCUCUCUAAUAUCCCCAGCCAUGGUGUGGGAGAGUGGUCCAAUUCUGUGCCUUCCAGCCACCUUGGCUACAGCAACUCUGUGCUUAACCAGUUUAACACUCAUUUUUACAGCAGUAUCAGCACAAACAACACCCUGUAUUCCAGGGAGGGAACAGAGGUUUAA